CGUGGCACAGCGCUGCAGCAGUUCCGGUGGAUGUCCGCUUCUCAUACCAACGAAGGGAUUAGCGAGAAACACCCCGGGACGACAUCGGCGUAACAGUUUGUCGACCACCGGGUUUCAAACUCUGCUCUGAACAGGGGACAGCCUCGCUAUUUACAACACUUUGGGGGAUUUAGGGAUGUACUGAGGAUGAAUGUAAACCAGCAGACACCCAUGGCGUCCCCGUACGGCCAGCCCCAGCCCGGCUACGGCCAGCCCAGCUAUGCUCCUUUGGGUGGGGGGUACCCUGCCCCCUAUGCGCCCUACAACGGCCCUGCGUCAGCUUACCAGCCCGGGGCUCCCCCACAAGGUUACUCUCCUUAUGCAAGCUUUCCCUCUAAGGCUGUGGCAGCCAAUCCCGUCUCUGACCUGUCCUCUCCUCUUGACUUAGGUCCUGCCAGGGGCCCCCCUACCUCUGGGCCUCCUCCAGUCUCAGCGCCUCAGCCGUACUCUCAGUAUAGCCAGGGGGAUAUGCAGAACGGACCCCCAACAAUGACCCAGGCACCACCCAGGCCUGCUGUGUCUCAGCCAUACAACCCAGGGGGAGUGAACCUGUCCGGGCCACACCCUUCCUAUCCCCAACAGUAUGGGGCCCCACCCACCAUGCAGCAAGUCACCAAUCAGAUGACCGGGAUGCAGAUCACCUCUGGUCCGCCUACCCCUGCUGGGCCAGGAUAUGUUCCACCUCACAGCUCGCAGCCUCCAAUCAAUGCUCCUUAUUCAGCUGCACCUCCGCCCUCUUACACCCAGGCCCCUCCCCCCGCGCCCUCCGCCCCCACCCAGCCCCCACCUCCCAGUGAACCUGCACCUCCUCAGCAAUACUAUGGAGGCCCUCCUCCUUCACAGCAGCCGUUCGCCUCUUCUGCUCCCCCUACCUCUCAACAGCCAUUCACCUCCUCUGCACCUCCUCCUCCCGCUCAGCAAACCUUUCCUCCCUCCUCCUUCUCUGGCCCUGUGCCUCCUCCCAGUCAAGCUCCCGCUCCGCCAAUGUCCCAGCCACAGCAGUCCUUCCCCCCCACCCAGCCCCACUUCUCCUCAGCUCCUCCGCCUGUCAGCCAGCCUGCCUACACUUCUGGCCCGCCUCCGCCAGCUCAGGGCUCCUUCCCGCCUAGAGCUCCCCCUCCAUCCUCUCAACCUGGACCCUUCCCUCCCUCCGGUCCUCCUCCCACCUCAGCUCCUGCUGGACAGUACCCAGGCCCGAUGCCCCCCCAACCCCAACCCCAGCCCCCGCCCCCUUCAGCCCAGCCGUCUCCCUACCACUCUGGCCCCCCUCCUCCAAGAGCUCAGAUGCCUCCUACCUCCAUGGCCCAGACCAACCACCUGCCUCCAGGCCCACAAGGCCCGCCUGGUCCCCCUGGGCCUCUGCAGCAGCCCCCGCCUCAACCUGGCAUGCAGGGAGGAUACCCCCCUCAACAGAAUGGUGCAUUUGGGCAGGUGAGAGGCCCUCAGCCUGGCUAUGCAGGCCCAUAUCCCGGGCAAUCAAACUAUGGAGCCCCAGCACCAGCCCCUGCUCCUGCUCCUCCAGCACAGAAAAGACUUGACCCAGAUGCUAUCCCCAGCCCGAUCCAGGUUAUAGAGGACGACAAGGCUAAGAGCACUGAGCCAUUCACUACGGGGGUCAGGGGUCAGGCCCCGCCCCUCGUCACCACCAACUUCCAGGUCAAAGAUCAAGGGAAUGCCAGCCCCAGGUUUAUCCGCUGCACAGCCUACAACAUGCCCUGCACGUCAGACAUGGCCAAGCAGUCUCAGGUGCCGCUGGCCGCCGUUAUCAAGCCCCUCGCCACGCUGCCACCAGACGAGACCCCUCCAUACUUGGUGGACCAUGGGGAGGGCGGUCCAAUCCGUUGUAACCGCUGCAAGGCCUACAUGUGCCCUUACAUGCAGUUCAUAGAGGGAGGACGGCGCUUCCAGUGCGGGUUCUGCAGCUGCGUCACAGAGGUGCCUCCCCAUUACUUCCAGCAUCUGGACCACACUGGGAAGAGGGUGGACUGCUAUGACCGACCAGAGCUUUCACUUGGCAGUUAUGAGUUCUUGGCCACCGUUGACUACUGUAAGAAUAACAAGCUUCCUCAGCCUCCUGCCUUCAUCUUCCUUAUCGACGUGUCCUACAACGCCGUCAAGAGCGGCAUGGUCAGCAUUGUCUGCCAGGAACUCAAGACACUGCUAGACUACCUGCCCAGGGAGAACCCAGAUGUGGACUCUGUGGUGCGGGUGGGCUUCGUCACCUACAACAAGGUGUUACACUUCUACAACGUCAAGUCAAGCCUGGCCCAGCCCCAGAUGCUGGUGGUGUCGGACGUCUCAGACAUGUUUGUGCCCCUGCUCGAUGGUUUCCUGGUCAACGUUAACGAGAGCCGGAUGGUCAUCGAGAGUUUGCUGGAUCAGAUCCCAGAGAUGUUUGCAGAUACCCGGGAGACGGAGACGGUGUUUGGACCCGUCAUACAGGCAGGACUGGAGGCGCUCAAGGCUGCAGACUGUGCAGGGAAGCUGUUUAUAUUUCACACCUCUCUGCCCAUUGCUGAGGCUCCUGGCAAACUGAAGAACAGAGAGGACAAGAAGCUUAUCGGCACAGACAAGGAGAAGUCUCUAUUCCAGCCCCAGGUGGGUUUCUACGGCAGCCUGGCUAAGGAGUGUGUCGCCCAGGGGUGCUGUGUGGACCUCUUCCUCUUCCCCAACCAGUAUGUGGACGUGGCCACACUGGGGGUCGUCCCUGUUUCCACUGGGGGCUCCAUCUACAAAUACACCUAUUUCCAGGCUCAGACGGACCGAGAGCGCUUCCUGAACGACCUCCGACGAAACGUUCAGAAAAAAGUUGGCUUCGAUGCGGUCAUGAGGGUGCGCACCAGCACAGGUAUCCGAGCGACAGACUUCUUCGGCUCUUUCUACAUGAGCAACACCACAGACGUGGAGCUGGCGGGGCUGGACUGUGACAAGACCAUCACCGUCGAGUUCAGACACGACGAUAAGCUCAGCGAGGAGACGGGAGCACUCAUGCAGUGUGCGGUGCUGUACACCAGCUGCAGUGGCCAAAGGCGUCUGCGUAUCCACAACAUGGCCGUCAACUGCUGCUCUCAGCUGGCUGACCUCUACCGCAACUGUGAGACUGACACCAUCAUCAAUUUCUUCUCUAAAUACGCAUUCCGCAGCGUCCUGACCAGCCCCACUAAGACGGUGAGAGACAGCCUGGUCAACCAGUGUGCGCAGAUACUAGCCUGCUACCGCAAGAACUGUGCCAGCCCCUCGUCUGCCGGCCAGCUGAUCCUGCCGGAGUGUAUGAAGCUGUUGCCGGUGUAUCUGAACUGCGUGCUGAAGAGCGACGUGCUGCUGCCGGGUGCCGACGUGUCGUUGGAUGACCGGGCUUACCUGAGGCAGCUGAUCAGCUGCAUGGACGUCACAGAGAGCCACGUCUUCUUCUACCCACGCCUGCUGCCGCUGAUGAAGUUGGAAGGCGAUGCUUUGCCGGUGGCAGUGAGGGACUCAGAGGAGCGGCUCUCUAAAGGCGGAGUUUACCUCCUGGAGACGGGGCUUCACCUCUUCCUCUGGGUGGGAGCCAACGCCCAACAGGAGCUGCUGAUUAAUGUCUUCGGCACACCAAGCUUCAGCCAGAUAGACCCCAACAUGACGAGUCUGCCCGUGCUGGACAACCCCUUCUCCCAGAGACUCCGAGAGAUCAUCGACUCCUUCAGAGCACAGCGAUCACGAUACAUGAAGCUGAUGGUGGUGAAACAGGAAGACAAAGCCGAGCUGAUAUUCAGGCACUUCCUGGUUGAGGACAAGAGCGCCAGCGGGGGAGCGUCAUACGUGGACUUCUUGUGUCACAUGCAUAAGGAGAUCCGCCAGCUUCUCAGCUAGGCCCCCCUUCCCCUCCCCUCCCCUCCCCCUUCCCAUAUUUGACCCCUCUGACCCCUGUCACUUUUCACCUUUCCCUCUGAAAGCGCUUUAUCUUUUUGUUUUCUUUUUUCUUUCUUUUUCUUUCUUUUUUUUUUUAAACCUAAUAAACUAAACCUCCCCUCGCUCUCCCUGUCAGCCAAGGGCCAGAGACGUAUACACAGCCAGCUGGCAGAUCUUGUCAUGUCUGUGUGUGUGUGUGUCUGUGUGUGUGUGUGUGUGUUGUGAGAAAGAGAGAAUCUGAUGUUCAUAGAGCUCUACUCUGCCUCAAAUCUUAACGCUCCAACACAGCAGGAGCUAAAUAAUUGAGGGAGGGUAGUGUAUAUACACAAGCGAAUAUUUGUGUAUGCAACUGAGUGAGUGAGUGUAUGAGUGAAUGAGUGAGGGAGGCGGCUGAUGGUGAUUGUAGUCGGUGUACUGUCUGUAACACUAGCACUGAAAGGCUGUUCUGGGUGCAUUAAUGACCCUCUGAUAGCAAACUCAACUCUUUUUGUAUGAUUGAAACCCAGUAGAGCGAAGGAUAACUACAUAACAAGACAUAUAUGAAAUGAAAUAAAUGCUGUUCUUUUCCAUCUAGAAUUAUUUUUCUAUGUCUUUUCUGCUUUUGCCAUGGCCUUAGAAACCCCACCUGAUCCUGCAUCACUCAUCCAUAAUGUAUAUAUGAUUUCAUUCCCAGAUGUGACAUUUUUGUCAUCCACUCUAUUAUUUUCUGGUGUGUCUGUGGGUGUUGGCCUCGGAUUUUACGGUGCAGAUACCCAGCGAUCGACUGCUGGGUUAUUAAAGAAAACAUACAAGGUGUAUCGUUAAAGGACCAUAUCAGUGAUUUUUCAUGUUUGGUGUAACAUCUUAUCUAAAAUUAGUCUCCUGGAAAUGCUUACUUUACACAGCCAAUCAUCUGUUUCAUGGUUAAUGAAUGUUGAUGACUUUGUUAGCCGCAGCAUCAGAACAUUAUAAGAUGGUUGUUUCAACCAAAAAUUCAAGUUUGAAAAUAGAGGCAUUUUUAUUAUAUUUUGUUAAAUCUUUAGUACCCCCAUACAAUUUGCAAAGUUGUUUGUUACGAUGUAAAAUGUAGUUAAAUUGUAUUUAAUGGGGCCAAACAUUCAAAAUCACUGGUAUAGUGAGUACUUUAAAUCGAAACUGUGGCUUCAGUGCCCAUAAACAUCCUGAAAAUAACAUCAGUAAGGGGCAAGUGGCUGCUGUGACUGUAGCUGCCCUCAUCAGUAAUUGAUAUAAUCCAGAUUUUUAAAAAAAAUCAGCUUCAGUUGAGUCUUGUUGGUUGAUGUUGACAUCUGGCUCAAGCACUGCCUCAAAUCUUUUAUCACUGAUGGACCAGAUGUGCACUUUGAAUUGCUCUCAUGAUCCUGUUAUGAGAGGAAAUUUUGAUUAAUUAAAAGUCUAUGCACCACUAAACAAGACCAGGGCAAAAAAAAAAAAAA